AUGUGGAACUCCGGGCACAGCAGCCCCGGCCUGUAUGGCCCCGACCGCCGCCCGGCUGGACACCAGCGGUACAAGGAGCCUGGGCCCCGGGCGGCCCACAGGCCGUCGGGGCCGGGCCGAGAGCGUGACUAUGGCCCCUGGGACCGCGAGCGCCGGGAGCCCACGGAGGAGCCGGUCGGGUCCGUGAUGCAGAAGACUCCCAUCAUCCUGGCCAAGCCGCCCGCUGAGAGGUCCAAGCUGGCCCCUGCCCCAGCUCCAGCCCCACCCGCCACUGCCCCACCCCCCAUGGAGAAGCCCAUCGUGCUGAUGAAGUCACGGGAGGAAGGCAAAGGCCCAGCAGGGGUGUCGGAGGGGGCUGCCCAGCUCCCCACAGCUGCUGCCAAAGGGGAGAAGGAGGGACAGCGCCCCACACAACCCGUCUACCAGAUCCAGAACCGGGGCAUGGGAUCCACGGCGUCCAGCAGCACCAUGGACCCCGUGGUGGGCCAGGCAAAGCUGCUGGCCCCAGAGAAGAUGAAGCACAGCAUCAAGCUGGUGGACGAUCAGAUGAACUGGUGUGACAGUGCCAUCGAGUACCUGCUGGACCAGACCGAUGUGCUGGUGGUCGGGGUGCUGGGAUUACAGGGCACCGGCAAAUCCAUGCUGAUGUCUCUGCUGUCGGCUAACCAGCCUGAAGAAGAUCAAAGGGCCUACGUGUUCCGCACCCAGAGCCAGGAGAUCAAGGAGCGCGGGGGGAACCAGACCAGCGGCAUCGACUUCUUCAUCACCCAGGAGCGCAUCAUCUUCCUCGACACCCAGCCGAUUCUCAGCCCUUCCAUCCUGGACCAUCUCAUCAACAACGACCGCAAGCUGCCCCCCGAGUACAACCUGCCCCACACCUACGUGGAGAUGCAGUCCCUGCAGAUCGCAGCCUUCCUCUUCACCGUCUGCCACGUGGUCAUCGUGGUGCAGGACUGGUUCACCGACCUCAGUCUGUACAGGUUCCUGCAGGAACGGCUGAGAUGGCUGAAACCUCCACGCCCCCCCAGCCGAGUCCACCGGGCUCCUCGGGUACCGACGAGGCACGGAGUAUUAUCCCCUUUUUUCCUGCAGAACAACCAGUGGGAGAAUUUCUGUCCCGGAACCUGAAUCAUGCACGUGGUUAUCGAACUAAAAAUUCAUGAUCACUCGCACUCUGAAUACAAGGGCACUCUCUCCAUGCUGGAGUGUAACAUCUUCCCUGGCCUCCCCUACGACUACCUGGACACGGAGGUGAAUCUUUUCCUCCUGCCGUUCGCAGACAGUGACACCGACGACACUUUCCCCAGAGCAGCUCCUGGGGGUGGCCCGCUCUUCUCCCUGCUGCCCGGGUACAAGGGGCACCCCAGCUUCCAGUCGCUGAUGGCCAAGCUGCGCAGCCAGAUCAUGUCCAUGGCGCGGCCCCAGCUCUCCCACACCAUCCUGACGGAGAAGAACUGGUUCCACUACGCGGCCCGGAUCUGGGACGGGGUGAAGAAAUCCUCGGCGCUCUCGGAGUACAGCCGCCUGCUGGCCUGAGCGACUGCUGCCCAAGAAGCUGCCGCACUGGGGGGCCACACCGAGGCCCCCGCCCUCUGCCUCCUGGGGCAGAAGGGGCCUGCUGGGCAGCCUGGAAGUGCUGUUUGGUCGCUGGCUCCAGGCGCGGUGCAUGAGAGUCUGGGAGGGAUGCCCCUCCUCGGCCACCAUCCCACUCCCAGAGGGCACUUGGGGCAGAGCUGUCCUGACCCCCUAAAGUCAUCAGAGCUCCCCCAGCCAGCCAGAGGUACUGGGGGGGGCGGGGGUCCUUGACUCUCCCAGCCUGCCCAGGGCUGAGAAGGCACCCCCCACGAUGCCAUGGGGCAAGAUCGGGGCAGGGUGAACCAUAGGGCAGGGCCAUAGUCCUGAACCAGUGCCCCAUGGAGCUGAGCCCUUCAUCUCCUCCUCGCCCCCUUCCCUUCCUCCUUCCUUCCCCCCUUCAUCUCUCCCCCUUCCCCCAACUUCAU